CUGGAGCUGGCUGGAGAGGUUGUGCCAGCUUCCGCUGCCGCGUCGCUUCAGGGCUCGGGAGCGAGUUCGCGCUGCCUUGGCCGCUGCUGGGUAGCCCAGGGGCGCGGGGCCGGGCAGGGGGCGCGUGGCGGCGCAGCCAUGGGACUGCAGCGGGGCCGGAGACAGCAGGGAACCGAGAGACCCAGGCCCUGAGCGCGUCUUCUCCCGAGGGCCUCGCCCUCUUGCUCGCGGGGCCGGGGCUUCUGCUACUGUUGCUGGCGCUGGUGCUGGUGGCGGCGGCAGCGGCAGCGGCGGCGGCGACCAAGAUCAUGUUGGGCCGCCGCUGCGCCGGCGGGGGCGCGGCCUGCUCGGGCGUGGCAGCUGAGGCUGUGGAGCCUGCUGCUCGCGAGUUGUUCGAGGCUUGCCGCAACGGGGACGUGGAGCGAGUCAAGAGAUUGGUGACGCCCGAGAAGGUGAACAGCCGUGACACGGCAGGCAGGAAGUCCACCCCGCUCCACUUCGCAGCAGGUUUUGGGAGGAAAGAUGUAGUUGAAUAUUUGCUACAGAACGGUGCUAAUGUCCAAGCACGUGAUGAUGGGGGACUUAUUCCUCUUCAUAAUGCAUGCUCUUUUGGUCAUGCUGAAGUAGUCAAUCUCCUUUUGCGACAUGGUGCAGACCCAAAUGCUCGUGAUAAUUGGAAUUAUACUCCCCUCCAUGAAGCUGCAAUUAAAGGAAAGAUUGAUGUUUGUAUCGUACUCUUACAGCAUGGAGCAGAGCCAACCAUCAGAAAUACAGAUGGAAGGACAGCAUUAGAUUUAGCAGACCCGUCUGCCAAAGCAGUGCUGACUGGUGAAUAUAAGAAAGACGAACUCUUGGAAAGUGCCAGGAGUGGCAAUGAGGAAAAAAUGAUGGCUCUACUUACACCGUUAAAUGUCAACUGCCAUGCAAGUGAUGGCAGAAAGUCAACGCCAUUGCAUUUGGCAGCAGGAUACAACAGAGUCAAGAUUGUACAGCUAUUAUUGCAACAUGGAGCUGAUGUCCAUGCUAAAGAUAAAGGUGAUCUGGUGCCAUUACACAAUGCCUGUUCUUAUGGUCAUUAUGAAGUAACUGAACUACUGGUCAAGCAUGGUGCCUGUGUAAAUGCAAUGGACUUGUGGCAAUUCACUCCUCUUCAUGAGGCAGCUUCUAAGAACAGGGUUGAAGUGUGCUCUCUUCUUUUAAGUUAUGGUGCAGAUCCAACACUGCUGAAUUGUCACAAUAAAAGUGCUGUAGAUUUGGCUCCCACACCACAGUUAAAAGAAAGAUUAGCAUAUGAAUUUAAAGGCCACUCAUUACUGCAAGCUGCACGGGAAGCUGAUGUUACACGAAUUAAAAAACACCUUUCUCUGGAAAUGGUGAAUUUCAAGCAUCCUCAAACACAUGAAACUGCAUUGCAUUGUGCUGCUGCAUCUCCAUAUCCCAAAAGAAAGCAAAUAUGUGAACUGUUGCUAAGAAAAGGAGCAAACAUCAAUGAAAAGACUAAAGAAUUCUUGACUCCUCUACACGUGGCAUCUGAGAAAGCUCAUAAUGAUGUUGUUGAAGUAGUGGUGAAACAUGAAGCGAAGGUUAAUGCUCUGGAUAAUCUUGGUCAGACUUCUCUGCACAGAGCUGCACAUUGUGGUCAUCUACAGACCUGCCGCCUCCUUCUGAGCUAUGGAUGCGAUCCUUCUAUCAUAUCCCUUCAGGGCUUUACUGCCUUGCAGAUGGGAAAUGAAAAUGUGCAGCAACUUCUUCAAGAUCCUUCAUAUAUAAGGCAUGUAGAGCUUAUACAAGAGGGUAUCCCAUUAGGUAAUUCAGAGGCAGACAGACAAUUGCUAGAAGCUGCAAAGGCUGGAGAUGUAGAAACUGUGAAAAAAUUGUGUACUAUUCAGAGUGUCAACUGCAGAGACAUUGAAGGGCGUCAGUCUACACCACUCCAUUUUGCAGCUGGCUAUAAUAGAGUGUCUGUGGUGGAAUAUCUGCUGCAACAUGGAGCUGAUGUACAUGCUAAAGAUAAAGGGGGCCUUGUACCUUUGCAUAAUGCAUGUUCUUAUGGACAUUAUGAAGUUGCAGAACUUCUUGUUAAGCAUGGAGCAGUAGUUAAUGUAGCUGACUUAUGGAAAUUUACACCUUUACAUGAAGCUGCAGCAAAAGGAAAAUAUGAAAUUUGCAAACUUCUUCUUCAGCAUGGUGCAGACCCUACAAAGAAAAACAGGGAUGGAAAUACUCCUUUGGAUCUUGUUAAAGAUGGAGAUACAGAUAUCCAAGAUCUGCUUAGGGGAGAUGCAGCUUUGCUAGAUGCUGCCAAGAAGGGCUGUUUAGCCAGAGUAAAGAAGUUGUCUUCACCUGAUAAUGUAAAUUGCCGUGAUACCCAAGGCCGACAUUCAACACCAUUGCAUUUAGCAGCUGGGUAUAAUAAUUUAGAAGUUGCAGAGUAUUUGUUACAACAUGGAGCUGAUGUGAAUGCGCAAGACAAAGGAGGACUAAUUCCUUUACAUAAUGCAGCGUCUUAUGGGCAUGUAGAUGUAGCAGCUUUACUAAUAAAGUAUAAUGCAUGUGUCAAUGCUACGGACAAAUGGGCUUUCACACCUUUGCACGAAGCAGCCCAAAAGGGACGAACACAGCUUUGUGCUUUAUUGUUGGCCCACGGAGCUGAUCCUACUCUUAAAAAUCAGGAAGGACAAACACCUUUAGAUUUAGUUUCAGCAGAUGAUGUCAGUGCUCUCCUGACAGCAGCUAUGCCCCCUUCUGCCUUGCCUUCAUGUUACAAACCUCAGGUGCUCAGUGGUGUGAGAAGCCCAGGAGCUACCACAGAUGCUCUGUCUUCAGGUCCAUCCAGCCCAUCAAGCCUUUCUGCAGCUAGCAGUCUUGACAACUUAUCUGGGAGUUUUACUGAACUGUCUUCAGUAGUUAGUUCAAGUGGAACAGAGGGUGCCUCCAGUUUGGAGAAAAAAGAGGUUCCAGGAGUAGAUUUUAGCAUAACUCAAUUUGUAAGGAAUCUCGGACUUGAGCACCUAAUGGAUAUAUUUGAGAGAGAACAGAUCACUUUGGAUGUAUUAGUUGAAAUGGGGCACAAGGAGCUGAAGGAGAUUGGAAUCAAUGCUUAUGGACAUAGACACAAACUAAUUAAAGGAGUUGAGAGACUUAUCUCUGGACAACAAGGUCUUAACCCUUACUUGGCUCUAAAUACCUCUGGUAGUGGAACAAUUCUCAUAGAUCUGUCUCCUGAUGAUAAAGAGUUUCAGUCUGUGGAAGAAGAGAUGCAAAGUACAGUCCGAGAGCACAGAGAUGGAGGCCAUGCAGGUGGAAUCUUCAACAGAUACAAUAUUCUCAAGAUUCAGAAAGUUUGUAACAAGAAACUAUGGGAAAGAUAUACUCAUAGAAGAAAAGAAGUUUCUGAAGAAAACCACAACCAUGCAAAUGAAAGAAUGCUGUUUCAUGGGUCUCCCUUUGUUAAUGCAAUUAUUCAUAAAGGCUUUGAUGAAAGGCAUGCCUACAUAGGUGGAAUGUUUGGAGCUGGGAUUUAUUUUGCUGAAAACUCUUCCAAAAGCAAUCAGUAUGUAUAUGGAAUUGGAGGAGGUACUGGGUGUCCAGUUCACAAAGACAGAUCUUGUUACAUUUGCCACAGGCAGCUGCUUUUUUGCCGAGUAACCUUGGGAAAGUCUUUCCUGCAGUUCAGUGCAAUGAAAAUGGCGCAUUCUCCUCCAGGUCAUCACUCAGUUACUGGUCGGCCCAGUGUAAAUGGCCUAGCAUUAGCUGAAUAUGUUAUUUACAGAGGAGAACAGGCUUAUCCUGAAUAUUUAAUUACUUACCAGAUUGUGAGGCCUGAAGGUAUGGUGGAUGGAUAAAUAUGGAGUUAGGAAUCGAAUUCCACUGAACCGAAAAUCAUCUAAGCAGCUGAUGGCCUCUAAGUUUUACUCCUUUGCUGAAAAAAAAUCUUGUCUACAGGCCUGUGACAAAAGGAUAAAAAAAAUGUGAAAGAAGUUUAACAUUCUGACUUGGUAAAGCUUUAAUAAUGUACAGUGUUUUCUAAAUAUUUCCUGUUUUUCAGCACUUUAACAGAUGCCAUUCCAGGUUAAACUGGGUUUGUCUGUACUAAAUUAUGAACAGCGUUAACUUGAACCUUUUAUACAUUAAACAUUGAUUCUAACAAACACGAUGCCCUCAACAGAACUCAUUUUACUAAUACAGUACUGUGUUCUUUUAAACACAGCAUUUACACUGAAUACAAUUUCAUUUGUAAAACUGUAAAUAAGAGCUUUUGUACUAGCCCAAUUAUUUAUUUACAUUGCUUUGUAAUAUAAAUCUGUUUCAGAACUGCAGCCGUUUACAAAAUUUUUUCAUAUGUAUUGUUCCAUCUAUACUUCAUCUUAACAUCAUGACUGUUAUUUACAUUUGAUUCCAGAGGCUAUGUUGAGUUCUUAGCAGAAUCCUAUAGUCAGUUGGGAUUGCUUGAUUAUUAGGUUUAUUUUGCUGAUAGAAGCCCUUUAUCUCUCAUUAGAAAUUGUUUCCAUUUAAGAACUUGUUUCAUGAAUACUCUGGGGAUUUGAUUUGUAAGACACACAUUCCAAAGAGCUCUGUGAUAGGGCCUGAUUGCUAAAGAAGCCUCUUAACUGGGUUUUACCUUGGGAAGUUUUCUAGUAUCAUUCUGUGAAAAUUAGAGCAAGUACCUUCUAUAUUUUAGAAAGGCUAAAUCCUGCCAUUGUUUAGUUAUGGUAUCCUUGUCAAAGGUGGGAAUGGUAAUCCUGGAUAGUUUCCCUAUCUGUUUACCUUAAGUCUAAAGGGGAUGGAAAAAAAAACAAACAAAAAACAUAGCAAAUGGGAGUGGGUAGUUUUCUUUCUUCACCUUUUUGUUAAAUUUGUAGCCAAUCUAUAUAUACCAUUUUGGGUAAACUUAACACAGAACUAUAAAAGGUAGGUGUCCCAGUUUGCUCCUGGCCUCAUGAAUGAGAAAGUGCAUUGAGGCUGGAGCUUCCUACUAUGUUGCCACACUGUGACACCAGGCCUAACUGGAACCAGGUUUGUGUUCAGUUUGGCAGCUAUGGAGGAGAGUGCCAUCCCAUAAAACAUAUUUUUUCAAGUCAAACAAUCUCUACCACAAAGCAUGCUAAAAUGUCUUGGUACAGAGACAAGCAUUACAGCUUGGCAAUCUAUUUUAGUUCUUGACUAGCUCCUUCAAAAGUCAAGGAAGAAUUUUUAAUCCACUAAAGUCUUUGUAAAUGAGAAUGUUCCCCUUCACUCUUUGUACCAGUUCAUUUUUUAAAAAUAUAUAUUGUAUUCUAAAUACAUUGUAUACUAAAUUAAGUGGCCCCUUGAAGUAACUUGUACAUAAAAUGCUAGAAAAAUCAUGUUUUUUGUCCUGAGUAAGAAUUAAUCCUGGUAACGUGUAUCUGGAAUUGUUGCUUGAUAAAGAUGGUGAUUGAUAUUUAACUGGUCAAAUCUUGACCUUGAAGUGCUUUUAUAUAGCGCUCUGAUUGCAAAUAUGAUCCUAAAGUCAUUUCUUGAAACACAAAUGGAAUAUGCCAAACUUUAUAAUUUUUCAAGUUCUGUAAGCUUUCAGAUUUUUAUAACUAGAAGAUAAUGAUAUAAUGGGAAUUGGGGUUUAUAUUUACACAUAUCUUUCUCAACAUUUAGCCCGUGUUUCUCACCCUAUGAGUGGUUCUGGAAUUGCUUGUCAUGUAAAAUCAUCAUGGUCUAUGAGUUUACAGUAUUGCUGUGUUAUUUCAUCUAAUCCAUUGCUUAGUGUGUUGUUUUCCCAUGAAUGAUUAUAUCAUGGUUAAUAUGUUAUAGCAUGACUAUUUUCAGAGAGCUUUUUAUUUGGGGGCUUUGGGGGUUGUUGUGUGGUUUGGGUGUUUUUUUUUUUUUUGGAUGAACUACUAUCAUGAUGGAAUUGCUUUUUAUUUGUCUUGUGAUUUUGUUUUUUAAGUGAAAUUUAGCUUUGUGUGAUUAUAUUAUUAUGAGUGUCUUACUUGUACUGUAUCACAUUCCAUACUCAUUUAAUUCUUAAUAAACUGUUCACUCAUU